AUCAAUAUCAAUAUCAAUAUCAAUAUCAAUAUCACUCACUUAUUACUCACUCACUUCCUCACUCACUUCCUUCAUUAUCACUUCGGUACAUCUAAUUGUAUCGAUUAAUCACGAGUCUUCGCCUUAACAAUCAAUCUAUUUUGGCGGGGCAAUCGCCUGUGAGCACUUGUUUGAAGCUAAAUCCUGACCGCAACGCACUGAACGAACACUUUACUGUCAAUCCCUCGAAGAAAUCCCGAUAUCUACUUUACUCCUCAUUCAUUACCAUUUACCACCACCUACCACCUACCACCUACCAUCUACCAUCUCUCAACAUACAACAUCAAUUACAAUCUCAUUACCUAGAAUCCUACAACUUAUCCUUCUUCCUACGACCCCCUCUCCUACCGAUACAAUUUUGUUCCCCAUCCCCAAGAUGUCGUCUUGGAAUAUCACCAAGAAGCUCAAAGAGACGCAUCUUGGUCCCCUAACGUCUACCUUCUCUCGAACCCCAUCUUCACAAACUCUGAGGGAAUCAUCCAAAGAUGAGAAAUCUGGCACACCAAGUCCGGCACCAUCCAUCAACGAUAAUGGAAUAGCUGCUUCCGAAGCCAUAGCCUCUCAACCACAAUCCGCUCCUCGACCGGGUAUUCUCAUCGUUACCCUUCACGAAGGAAGUGGAUUCUCUCUACCAGAUCAAUAUAAACAAGUCUUCAGCAAUCACACACAAAAUUCAUUAUCUGCGGGAAAUGGCUUUGGGGUUGCAGGUUCAGUACGUUCCGGGGCUUCAAACCAAGUCUCUGGAUCUUAUUCGAAUAUGAGGCCACAAACAUCUGGAGGUGGAAUUCAGGUGCCUACUAACCAUGGACGUAUUUCCUCAAAAUACCUUCCAUAUGCCUUAUUAGAUUUCGAUAAGAUGCAAGUUUUUGUCAAUUCAGUUGCAGGAUCCCCUGAAAACCCCCUGUGGGCUGGAGACAAUACUCAAUAUAAGUUUGAUGUUUCAAGAGUUACCGAAUUAGCAGUUCAUUUAUAUCUUCGAAACCCAAAUGCGCCUCCGGGAUCUGGUCGAAGUCAAGAUAUUUUCCUUGGUGUUACGCGCAUCAACCCUCGAUUCGAAGAAAAGCACAAGUACGUCGAAGACCCUAAGUUGGGAAAGAAAGACAAGGAAAAGGCCGCUGCAGAAUUCCAAAGAAGAGAGAGCACAUUGGGACAGAGUGGACCGGAAUGGUUAGACGUUCAAUAUGGUACUGGAAAGAUUCGCAUUGGAGUCGAAUAUGUUGAGAAUAGAACAAGAGCCUUGAAGAUUGAAGAUUUCGACCUAUUGAAAGUGGUUGGAAAAGGAAGUUUUGGAAAGGUCAUGCAAGUCAAGAAAAAAGAUACCCAACGAAUUUACGCCCUCAAGACCAUUCGAAAAGCUCAUAUUAUUUCACGAUCAGAAGUCGCACACACGUUGGCAGAAAGAUCGGUCCUUUCUCAAAUCAACAAUCCAUUCAUCGUUCCUCUCAAGUUUACUUUCCAAUCACCCGAAAAGUUAUAUUUCGUCUUGGCGUUUGUCAACGGUGGCGAACUUUUCCAUCAUCUUCAAAAGGAAUCUCGCUUCGACAUCAAUCGUUCAAGAUUUUAUACAGCCGAACUACUUUGCGCUUUAGAAUGUUUACAUGGUUUCAACGUCAUUUAUCGUGACUUGAAACCAGAAAACAUUCUUUUGGAUUACUCGGGUCACAUUGCACUUUGUGAUUUUGGCUUGUGCAAACUUGACAUGAAGGAUGAGGAUCGCACCAAUACCUUCUGUGGAACUCCCGAAUACCUGGCACCAGAACUGUUGAUGGGACAAGGUUACACUAAGACGGUUGAUUGGUGGACCCUUGGUGUCUUGCUCUAUGAGAUGUUGACUGGUUUACCUCCUUUCUAUGAUGAGAAUACCAAUGAGAUGUACCGCAAGAUUCUGAGCGAUCCAUUGAACUUCCCUGGUCCUGAAAUUGUUCCACCUGCUGCUAAGGAUCUUUUGCAGAAGCUUCUCAACAGAAAACCAGAUCUAAGAUUGGGUGCAAAUGGUGCAUCAGAAAUUAAGGCCCAUCCUUUCUUUCACAGUAUUGAUUGGCGAAAGUUACUUCAAAGAAAGUAUGAGCCUACAUUCAAACCUAACGUGACGGAUGCUCUUGAUACCACCAACUUUGAUGUGGAGUUUACCUCCCAAGCACCAGCUGAUUCAUUGGUAGAAGGCGGACAGUUAUCAUCAACCAUGCAAGAACAAUUUACUGGAUGGUCUUACAACAGACCGGUUGCAGGAUUGGGAGAUGGAGGCGGAAGUAUCAAAGAUCCAAGUUUUGUAGGAAGUGUACAGGAUAGAUAGAUGGAUGAAAGUCGGGGAACAAGGGAACUGGAAUUCUGGAAAUGACCAGUGGUAUGAUGAUAUGACUUCAACUUUGCUCAGGCGUCUUUUCUCUCCAGAUAGCAAUUCGCAUACAGAUUGAGGGUUGGAGUGGUUUCUCUUCUUCACGAACAAAUUCUAAGAAUAUUAUCAGAUAAGAUGAGAUGAGAUGAGAUGAGAUGAGAAGUUAUAUCAAAAUGGAUAUUCGUUGUUUUUGUAUUCUUCUUCGGCACUGAAAUUAAUUUUGGGGAAUCACCUGAGAGUAGAGCGGAGUAGAGUAGAGGCGUUACGAAAGAACUUUGUUAUGGACAAGUGGGUGUGUGGGUUUGAUAGAAAAGAAGGAAUGAAGCGAGGGGUUUCGAACUUCUUUCAAAUUGUAAAAUCGAAGUAUUUGUUUUUUCGUCAACUC